CAGCAUCUUUGUACUUCCGGUUCCGGUAUCUGCAAUAUUAGGCAAAAUAAUAAAAAAAUAUCUAGAUACCGCUGUUUCAAGCAUAUCGCAAUGGCAAGUGUUUUACGACAGCCAGUGUUGGCACUCACAUCUAAAUUCUUACAAAUAUCCCCAAAGACUGUUGUAGUGCCAGUUUUUAAAGCAUUGACUGCACCUCAAAUUGCCGCACGUGGUUUGAGUCAAACUUUGACAUUGAACAGACACCUUUGGUGUGCAACAUCCACAAGCAGUAUAUUCAACAAAACCACACAUGCAAACAAGCAAGGAAAGCUAUGCAGUUGCUGUUCACUACACACAGAAGGUGAUGAAAAAUUAGCAACAUUUCUGGAGAAGGAGAUUAAAGAUGAACAAAGAACUGUACAGACUGCCACAACAGUUGAAGGCUGGGAUGUGAAGACAGAUGGAACUGGUGUUAUACUUACAAAAAAAUUUAAUGACGAGAUAAUCAAGGUAGAGUUUGAUGUAAAUGAUAGUGUAGAUAGUGAGCAACCUAUUUAUGAAGAAGAACAAGCGGAAGUCCCAGAACUUGUAUCAAAGCCACAAUUUGAAGUUGAGAUAGAAAAGAAAUCUGGGAGAAAACUGAGAUUUUUCUGUCAGUUUUCAUCACCAGAACCUCAGUUUGCUGAUGACCAGGGAACUGCUCCACAGGAAAAUAUUGAGGAUCAGUUCAGCAUAGUUGAAGUGCGGCUUGGAGAUGAUGUCAAAUCAGGAGACGUUGACAAAUUUUAUGCCCACAGUGCUGAUGUCAUGGAUGGGACACUGUACGACUUGUUGAUGGAUAUGCUAGAUGAACGUGGUGUUGACGACGAUUUUAUCAACAACAUGGUCGCUUUUGCUACAGCCUACGAGUACAAGCUCUACCUUAAAUUCCUUGAAGAUUUGAAAUCGGUCAUCAGCGAAAAAUAAAGCAUUUUUUCUCUAGAGACAUGCUGUUAAAACUAAGUUUAGAUUAUGUGAAGUUAUUCCUAGCAUCACGGAGGUCAGAGACUCUAUGACACUUCAGAAACAGGAACAAAGGAAUUCCAGUUUGGUUCAGAGAGUCGACUCAGUUUAUAGAGGAGUAUAAAAACUUGAAUGUCUGAUUGGUUGUUUCUGAUAAAAAAAAUUGUAACUGACCAAUAGCAUGGUCUUCGAACUACAUUUAUAAUUUUGUAUCCCAAAGUUGAAGUAUAUCUAUAGAAAGUGUGUAUUACCGGUAAUAGAAUUUUUAAUGAAACAAUCUUUUAAUUUUCAGGUAAACUGUUUCUGAAAGAAAAUGUUAGUUUAUAAAUGUCUGAGAAAACAGUUUAUCUGAUGUUCUUUGCUACAGGUCAUGGUGUAUAUAUUAUGUACCUUAAAUCUGCAGAAAUGUGAAGUUUUGCUGGAUGAUGGAAAUGUUUAAUUUUCUAUGGAAACCCAGUCAUGUAAAAAAAUAGCUGUCUUUGUGCACGAGAUCUGACUUGCAAUGGUGAUCAUUACAUUUAAUGUAAGAUGCAUUUACUAUAGUAAUAUACACCAUGCUUCAAAUAUG